AUGGCAGAUUGGCCAAUGCUAGAGUGCGACUAUCACAAUCGGUACGAUUCCUAUCAGUGCAACUACUAUCAAGAGAAGGAUGAGCAGCCAUUGCCCUCACAGUGUCUGCCAACGCAAGCGCAACCCUACCGUAUGCCGUCGCCUACUCUCACCCUACUACUAUCCCCAUCGCCUCCCGCGCAAACCUCGUCAUGCAACUAUAAGCCUGUCUCCAAAGGAGAAAGUCCCAGGGAAGUCAGAAACAAAGCUGAGAAACAGCGACGGGAUAAAAUGAACCAGUCUAUAUCACGUCUAGCAUCCAUUGUCCCAACUGUUGUAAGACCCGGUCGAAAGUUAGAUAAAACAAGUAUAUUGCGACUAACAGCUCAUUACUUGCGCUCCCAUCAACAUGUGGACUUGUGGGCGUGUGGAUGUGUGGGCGUGUGGAUGUGUGGACGUGUGGACUUGUGGACUUGUGGACGUGUGGACGUGUGGACUUGUGGACGUGUGGACGUGUGGACGUGUGGAGGUGUGGACGUGUGGAGGUGUGGACGUGUGGAGGUGUGGACAUGUGGACGUGUGGACUUGUGGACGUGUGGACGCGUGGACUCGUGGACGCGUGGACGCGUGGACGCGUGGACGCGUGGACGCGUGGACGCGUGGACGCGUGGACGCGUGGACGCGUGGACGCGUGGACGCGUGGACGCGUGGACGUGCGGCCGCGUGGACGUGUGGUCGUGUGAACGAGUGGAUGAGUGGACUUGUAUUCUUAAAUCUUUGUUUACAGUAUUCGGGAAUAGCAUCGAUCGCUCCCCUGAAUUCAGCAUGCAGUUUAUCCAAGGACUUUUGAAAAAUCUCAAAGGCUUCCUCAUCACUAUCACAUAUAAAGGAUUAGUUGUCGUUGUGUCUCCAAAUGUUCAAGAAUACCUAGGAUAUUCCGAGGUUGAACUUCUUGGUCAAAAUAUUCUAAAUAUCAUCCAUGAAGACGACCAUCAACUCUUAAGACAACAGAUUUACCCUAGAAGUUGUACUCUAGGAUCAAACGGGGAAUUAUUACUGCCAAGAGAAUUAGAAGCUGAGAAAAAGGUUAUGGAAAGCUUGAUUAAUGAGAAACGUAAUUUUAUUUUAAGGUUCAAAAAAAUGUCACAGCAGCGUUCCAAUCCUCCUGAAUACAUCACAUGUCAUGUAGAAGGAUCUUUAAGAAAGUCAGAUCGUGCCGGGGUUUAUUUUGACAGCAUUGUCCACAUUGGUCGUAGGGUUCGAGCAAGAGGAGAAAAUCCAUUCGCUAGUGGAAAUGACAUAGUAUUUAUUGGUAUGGUGAGACCUACAACAGAGACUUUUAUAACAGAAAGUGGUCUCGAGUCUUUUAAAAUGGAGUAUCGAACUCGACAUUCUAUAGACGGCGAGAUAAUACAGUGUGAGCAACGCAUUGCUCUUGUCACAGGCUACAUGACUCAUGAAGUGAAUGGAGUUAAUGCAAUGAACUUUAUGCAUAGAGAUGAUGUUCGCUGGGUGAUCAUCGCAUUAAGGGAAAUGUACGACAAACAUCGCUUGGUUGGUGAAUCGUGUUAUCGAUUGAUGACAAAAAAUGGUCAGUUCAUAUAUAUGAGGACCCUUGGCCAUCUGGAUGUAGACCAAAAUUCCAAAGAAGUAACUAGCUUCGUAUGUACAAACACAGUUGUCGCGGAGCACGAAGGCAAGAAACUUAUUAAAUUGAUGAAGAAGAAGUUCACUCUGAUGAUCAAUAACAAUGAAGCUGUUAAAGACAUUGAAGACUCCAAGGUUAGUGAUAAAAAAACUCUACCUGUAGAAGAUCCUAGACAACUUGAAAAAGUUAUAUUGCAUCUGGUGACAAAUUUACCUUCGUUUGAAUCAGGUGAUAUUUUUCAACAAUCAACAUAUAAUGGUGAAAUAUCUCCUCCAGGAUUAGCUAUUAUACCCCCAAGGAAAGACAAAAUACAAAAAGCAAUUGAGAGAAGUUACAGACUUAUCAAAAAUCUUCGAGAAUCUGAAUCAUCAAAAAAAGAGUCCCCAAUGUAUAAUCCCCAUCAACUAAAUGAACCAUUAAAACCGAAAGAAUCAAUGGAACUUAUGGACACAUGCGAACACCUGGAAUCUCUUGAGCUAAAAGAGCCACUUAAAGAUGAAACUCAUACAUCAGCUUUUGUCCCAGUUUCGACAAAAAGUAAUAAUAGUUUAAUUCUAUAUCGUCCGAAUCCUUCAAAUGCAUUCGCAUCCAGAAAACAUCCAAGUAUUCAAGAAAAUAACAAUUUCCAAUUUCCAAAUGUAGGUGAAAUAGAGAAGACUCUUCCAAUGGAAUAUAUAGCUUACCCCGGUGCACCAUAUGGUUGCAACUUAUCACACAACAUCCCAACACGAGUGGUUUCGUCCCCAAAUCCAAAACCAGAGUCAAGUUUUAUGCCUAUUCCAGAAACUGUAAUAAGAAUGCCGACCAAAAUUGACCCAGAACCAUUAAGAAUUACUCCAGAACUAUCACCUGUCGUCUCUCCUGAUUUAGACCUUGACUAUGAAGCUACUCAAAAAAUUCUUGAAGAUUUCUUUGAACUCGAAAAAAAGGCAGGCAGCCCUAAACCAAUCCGAUUUGUCAAGAGUCCAUUUGAAAAUCUUUUUCCACCAGUCGCAUCUAAUCACGACGACCAAACUUUUAAUCGUUUCGGGGAACCAAUACCGAGUACAUCAGGAAUUAAACGACAUUUUGAAGAUUUCGAUGACGAUACAAACUUGGAUGAUUCUAGUUUGUCUGAAACAUUUAAAACACCACGUCCCCAAAAUAUGUGUAAAACAAAAAAACUUAAACGAUCCCAAACGAGUGCGGAAUAUGAAAUUGAGAAACUUAUUUCGCGCUUAAAUGAAAGUGAGUAA